CGUACUGUAGUGAUUAAGCAGACCACCUAAUGCCAAUGACGUCACAUUUGCCGCGUUCCGAAGAAAAGAGCUUUAAAUUUUGUCAUCUUUUUUAUCUUGAGACUAGGGAUAUGAAGUUAGCUGUUGCAUUAGUCGUCGUGUUUGCCUUCGUGCUUACUGCCAAGCAUGGUACAGCAACUGGUUCUACAGCUGGUCCAACCACGCCAGGUAAAGCAACCACAACAACCACUGACUGUAUGGGGCCCGGAAUUGAAGGGCAGAAGACAGAAAUAAAGUGUAAGAUAACUGGAACUGUACAGUCAGGAAUACAGUGGAUUGGACCACUUAAUAAAUCUGUAGUCACGUGUAACUAUCUACAGACGGUUUGUGCUACGUCUGGGGAAUUCACUGACCACUACACCGGUGUGAUCGAUUCGCCCCAACAAAACACCUUGGUAAUAAAGUCGUUCGAUCCCAAAACUGAUGUUGGUACAUGGACGUGCUAUGAUGGAUGGGGUGCCCGACGAUCGUAUUGUAACAAGUCCAGCGGAAGGGCCUGUGUCCAUGUAGGAUCAACUUCUGUGCUUAUCAUCUGGACAACUGCCAUACUGACUGCAAACCUACAGACCACUACCUACAUGUUCUUCACCUAACUGAGCUCUGAAGACAGUGUUCACUGGAUCAUAUAAAAACUGCAGAUUACUACUUCAUGUAUUUCAACUAACUUAGCUCUGAAAAUUGUUCAGUGAAUCAGAUCAUAAAAACUGCAGAUCACUACUUAAUGUGUUUCAACUAACCCAGCUCUGAAGAAAGUGUUCACUGGAUCAUAUUAUAAAAACUGCAGAUUACUACUUAAUGGAUUUUAACUAACUCAGCUCCAAACACAGUGUUGCUUGCACCAUGUUAUUGGCCAAAGCAUGUUUAUAGUUUGUUGAAAGAUGAGUGCAUACAUGCUUGAGUGAUUGAGAUAAAGAUGUAAAUGUA